CUGACAUUUCAUUCGCACCAACCUAAUAUAAAUUUUUGUGAACUAUACUAACCCAAUCAAAUGGGUUAGUGCGUGACAAAAAUAUUAUAUGUACUAAAUUUAAUAGUACAUCAGAAAAGUAAACAAUAACAAAUAGCCUGAAUAUAUUUAAAUCGUUCGUAGUUCAAUAUUAUUUGCUAUUAAACAUAUAAUCUAUAAAAUAUAAAACUUGACUUAAGUAUGAAAUUCUAUAUGCCUUUUCGAUAGUUUCAGUACUUUCUUAACUAACAGAAGGUGAGUGAGACCGCGCUUAUGGAAAGUUACACCUUUCGACAACCGUCAGCUUCAUAUACACACAUAACGGUAAUGCUUUCGGUAUAUUAAGAAUCAAAGCGCAGUUCUCGCGCUUGCGAACAUCGACACAUGUGCUCAUCGACACAUGCGCGAGUAACCAUACGGAAUAAUGGAUAUCUCUCUGUAUUUACUAGUACGGAAAGAAUCAAAAAUUUCCAUAUAUAAAUCCAAUCGCACCAUGAUGAACCAUUGGACCUUCGUCGAUAUAACGAAUCUUCUCUAAUUUAUCGGUUCAUUGAUGAUAGAACGCUCGUACGAGAAAAAUUCAAUUCUUUAAUGAGAACUCUGCCAAUCGAUAAAUAAAUCGAUAGCUCAACAAGAAAUCUGAACGAAUUCGGAAGAUGUAAUAUGUCACGUGCCGAGCAUCAAAACAGAAGGAGCUCGAGUCAUCCUUUUCGAAAGAAAAUGCAAAGGCCUACAAUCGAGGAUCUCAUCCAAGGAUCCUACUUGAGAGAUAUUAAAAUAAUUACUGGCUGGUAAGCCUCCAGUUGGUUUACAUUUGGAUGUAUUGAAAAAUGAUAAAUUAAUACAGAAAUUAAUGGUGGAUGAGAAAAGAUGUUACUUGUUUGGUCGCAAUCAACAAUUAAAUGAUUUUUGUAUCGAUCAUGCUUCCUGUUCUCGAGUUCAUGCUGCACUUGUUUAUCAUAAACAUCUUCACAGAGCAUUUUUAGUAGAUUUGGGCAGUACACAUGGAACAUUUAUUGGUAAUAUGCGCUUAGAAGCGCAUAAACCAACACAACUUCCUAUUGAUAGUACAUUUCAUUUUGGAGCAUCUACACGAUAUUAUAUUAUCAGGGAACGACCACAAACUGGUACAAGACCUAUUAUUGAAGAAUUAGAAAAACUUUCAGAAGAUGCUGAAACCGGUGGUUUAUUAGGUUUACCUGAAACAGAAACAGAACUUGAUAAUUUAACAGAAUUCAAUACGGCACAUAAUCGACGCAUAUCCAUGCUUGGUAUCACAGAUGAUGAAAUGCAUAAAAGUACUAGAAAACGAAAGAAAAAAGGUAUAACCUUUAAUGACGAUGAGGAAGUUAUUAAUCCAGAAGAUGUAGAUCCGUCUGUUGGUAGAUUUCGUAAUCUUGUACAAACAACUGUAGUUCCAAGCAAGAGAAUGCGUAUGGAAGGUGGAUUAAUAUCAUUGUCAGAAGAUCAUCAUCCUUUAAAACAUUUACAACCUACGUCAACCACACCACAACUUUAUCAUGAUCUUCCACCAGAACAAUUUACACCUUCCUCAUUGUCAAUAAAUCCUUUUUCUACAGCUUUAACAUCAUUAACAUCAAGACUUGGUAUUGCAUUACCAAAUCCAGCGCCAGAAGUAGAAAUGACUCCAAAUCUUGUACAACCAGAGGUACCACAAGUACCAGAAAUUUCAGGUCCCACAGAACCACGUGCAAUGGAGCCUAAAAAGAAAAAAUAUGCCAAGGAAGCUUGGCCUGGGAAAAAACCUAUACCAUCACUUUUGGUAUAAUUGUAUUAAAAAUUUUAUACUUUUCUUAACCGUGGGCAUAGCAAAUAUAGUCUACUGUUUCGUUGCUGUAUUCGUGAUAGGCUUAAUAUUUGAAGACUGUUAUAAAUUUAUUACAUAACUUUUAGUUGCCCCUCAUUUCUUCAUAAUUUCUUCAUAACAGUCACUUGUGUUUAAAUCAAACUUAUGUAAUAUUAAUUCUCAUUAUUUACAAUUUAUGUGCUAUAUAAAUAUAAGUAACAUACAUAUUGGUAAAUAGAUUAUAAUUUUAAUAAUAAUUUGAUAUUUGAUAGAAAAAUUUUAAUAAUUAGCUUUCCAGUCCUAUAAUACAAAAGAAUAGACAAAUAACAAUUAUAUUCACUUAUAUAGGUAUAAUAAACCUAUAAUGUUAAUUUGUUAACAUUUUAAUUAUAUACAAUUAUACAGAUUAUUAAAAAGAAAAUAAUUAUAAAAUGAUGGAAAUUCAAAUGUGAUAAUAUAUUUAGUGUAAAAUAUUAACUUUAGAUUAUUUAACUUAUUACCUAUCUUAUGUGGUAUUAAAUAAUUAUUAAGGUAAAAAAAAUGAAAAGAAGUUUAAAGUAUAAUCACAAGGAAUUAGUGUUGAUAAUCAUAUAAAAACAGUAUUAUAUAAUGUAAAAAAUACUUACUUACUAUUACAAUAAUACCACUAAUUCUGUAAUUAUUUUAGAUUUUUAAAAAAUAUUUAUAAAUAAUAUAUUUAAGUAUAAAAAUGUUUUUAUUUCGAUUGAUAAAAUCUUUUCCUAAUUCUACAAAUUUUAGCGAUAUGUGCAUAUACACACACACACACAUAUAUAUAUAUAUAUAUAUAGAAAGCGAUAUGUAUAUAAAUUAUAUAUAUAUAUAUAAAUAUAAAGAAUACUAAUAAUUAUAUUAACAGCUUAAUUAUCAAGGUUUAAUAUGUAUUAACCUUUUUUGUAAAACAAAUUGAAAUUGCAAAAAUUUCAAUAUUUAAAUUUCGCGCCAACCAAUCCUGUUUUAAAUAAUAAUACUCUAUAUUGAUUUCCUCUGUCGUCAAUGAAGAAUUGAUUUCUCUAGUGUUUAACGUCGAUAGCACGUGCUGAAAGAAAAGUAAAGAAAAGUAUACAUUAGUACUUAGGUGAUUAGUCUAAUAAUUUAUUAGUAUUAUUUUUAUGUUAUUAUCAUCGAAUACGUUUAUUUUAUUAUAUUAAUUUAUCCAAAUAUAUCACAUUGAAAUUUCUAACCUAUAUAUUGGAGAAAUUUAUAAUUUCUAUGUUGUAAGAGAUCUCAGACCACAAUUAAUAUAGUGAUCAUCAGUGUAUAUAAUUUAAAAAAAUAAUUAAAUCGUGAUUUAAAAGUA